AUGUCUACAGCAGAUACUCCUACGGUUGAGAGCAUUCUUAUCUAUCCUAUAAAGUCUUGUCAUUAUAUACAAUUGCAAGAGUGCGAAGUUGACAAUUUGGGUCUGAAAUAUGAUCGUCGGUUUAUGAUUGUUUAUGAAGACACCAAUCACUUUGUUACUCAGAGGAAAUUUGCAUCUCUGACGUUGCUUAAGCCGCUCAUUGACGAACAGCAAAAUACACUGACUUUAACAGCCGAUGGACAAAAAAGUUUUACUUUACCUUUGAAACCCGAAAUUAAAGAUUUAGACAAAAGGGUUGUCAAAUUAUGGAAAGAUAAGUUAACAGUUUACGAUAUGGGCGAUGAAGCAGCUGUAUGGAUUACGCAGUUCAUUAGCAAUCAUAGGCAGCAUGAUUUGGAAAAUAGUCAUAAUCCAGAUGAUCCUGUGAACGUGGAUGAACCUGUGAGACCCGUUCGCUUGGUUACGCUGGAUGAUCCAAAAAACGGUGUCUAUUAUCGUCCGGCUCAUCCAAAGCUUAAUGGUCCUCAGUCAGCCUUUGCAGACUGGUCACCUAUUUCAUUUGGGUUUUCUAGUAGUUUAAAGGAUGUGAAUCGUGGAUUAAAGGAAACGGGUAUUAGUAAGGGGCAUACUAUCCCUAUGAAUCGGUUUAGGAAUAAUAUCACUAUUUCAGGAACCGUUGCUUGGGAGGAAGAUCAAUGGCUGGUUGCAAAGGUUGGAGAAGUAACAGUUUACAUCGUUCGACCAAUUGCACGGUGUACAGUUCCGGGCAUUGAUCAGGAUACUGGUGUGAAAGACACAUGGGAUGGCAAAGGACCCACUGACUAUUUAAAAUUAAGGCGGCAAUUCGUUGAUGAGCCCAACCAAGGGCAGUUUUGUUGCGAUGUCAUCCCACUGACUUCGGGAAAAAUACGUGUUGGUGACAAAGUAAAAGUACUGGAGCGAAUUCCUGAAGAAUAUAAACAGGAGUCUUUACCGCCUUUGGCUUAA